CAUGAGCUGCACGUGUCGGCCGUAGUCAAUUGUUUUGCUAGCUGUAAACAGUUAAACAUUAAACGUUUACUUAAGCGGGUUUUUCAUCGAGGCGGCUGAAUAGGGCUGCGACUGCGUGCAAGAUUCUGAGGUGUCACUUGUGUGCUGCGUGAGUUCAGCAAUGCCGAAAAGGUCGGUUGUCAUCCAGUCCAAAGCGCGAUGGAAACCUGUCGAAAUAGAGCCCUCAACUGUUCAAAACCUAGAAUGGGAGGGCUUCUCGGGCCUCGAAGAGCUUACGAGCUACGACAUCGUGCGUCAGGAGGACUCUUCAAAGCGAUCUACCGAUACACCCGACAGGCCUGCAAAGAAAAAAAAGAAGCGAAAGCGUAAGCAAGUCAGUAAACCGGCGGGAACCAGCAGCGACUCUGUGCAUGAAAGCGCAGAAGCUUCAACGGCAGCAGUCGGUGAUGGUGUAGGGAGUGACGAUGAAGGUGUGGCGUAUCCCCAAGAAAAAAAGCUCAAGUGCGAAAGCCCGGACAUGUCUUCGUGGCUCAACUGCCACGUUCCAGAACCGGUGUUGCGAGCGUUGGCCGAAUUGAAUUUCACCGAGCCCACUGAAAUACAGGCGCAGACAUUGCCAGCUGCUAUACGCGAUCACUUAGACAUCAUGGGCGCAGCGGAAACCGGCAGCGGCAAAACACUCGCGUUCGGUAUACCCCUUCUGCACCACAUCAUGGAACGCAAGUCGCGACUGUCCGCUGAAGGCGACGCGAAGGCCAUGCCUCUCCAAGCUCUGGUCUUGACCCCCACGAGAGAGCUCGCCAUUCAGGUGACGCGGCACAUUCAAGAUGUGGCGAAAUACACGAACGUGCGCAUCGUGAAUGUCGUCGGAGGCCUUUCGGCGGAGAAGCAACUGCGACUUCUCAAACGCAAGCCCGAGAUCGUGGUAGCCACGCCUGGUCGACUCUGGGAGCUCGUCGACCAAGGAGCGCCCCACGUGUCGGACGUGAGCAAAGUCCGGUACCUAGUCAUUGACGAGGCUGAUCGCAUGGUUGAGAAGGGUCACUUUGAAGACCUUACGCGAUUGUUGGACGUUAUGAACGCACCUUCCGAAGAUGGUGAAGAAAAACGCCGGCGCCAAAAUUUCGUCUUCUCAGCGACUUUGACCAUGGUCCACGACUUACCGAGGCGUAUGAAGAACAAGCCUAAAAAACACAAGCUGUCUGAAAAGGAGAAAGUUGAAGAGCUGAUGCGCACCAUCGGUAUAAGUUCGAAGCCGAAAGUGGUUGACUUGACCCGGAAGCUUGGAACUGCCGAGUCGCUGUGUGAAUCGCGAAUUGUGUGUCCCUCAUUUGGAGACAAAGACAGUCGGCUCUAUUAUUUUCUCUUGGCACAUCCGGGGAGAACGUUGGUGUUUUGCAACAGCAUCGAUAGCGUGCGCCGUUUAGUGUCUGUGCUGGACUUGCUGCAGCGGUCUCCGCUUCCGCUUCAUGCCUCCAUGCAGCAAAGGCAGCGACUCAAAAACCUCGAUCGCUUCAAAAACAAUCCAUCCGGUCUCCUGCUUGCCACAGACGUGGCAGCGAGAGGCCUUGACAUUCAGGGCAUCCAACACGUCAUUCACUUCCAAGUGCCGCGAACUGCUGAAGUUUAUGUUCACCGCAGUGGUCGCACAGCGCGGGCCAAAAGUGGUGGACUAAGUGUGAUGCUUAUGGAACCGGGAGAGUUGCAUUUGUACCGCAAGAUUUGCAAAACGCUGAACAGGGAUGAAGACCUUCCAGAUUUCCCCAUUGACCUGAGCAUGCUGAAGGCAGUGCAGAAGCGCGUUGAGUUGGCGAGAAAGCUUGAGGCUGAAAGUCACAGGGUUCGUCGGACCAACUAUGAGGACAACUGGCUGCAGCGUGCUGCGAAGGAGAUGGAGAUCGACCUUGACGAGAGAAUGCUUUCAAACACCGACGCAAAAAAGAAGGCCGACACGAAACGCAAGCUUAAAGCAAUGCAGUUUCAACUUUCUGAAAUGCUGAAGAAGCCUCUGUUCCCUCCUGGUUUCUCAGGGUUAUACUUGACAAAGCAAGGAGCUCUGGAAAUUCCCAAGGUGCGCAUGGACGAUGCAGCACGGGAGGCCAUGGAAGAAUGGAAAAAGAAAAAAAAUGCCAUGGUUUCACCUGUAGAGCCCACAUCCAAGGCCAAGCAGAAGAAAAAGACCAAAAGAUUUCCAUUGUGGAAGCAGAAAGCAGUUAGUAAAAAACAAAGCAACCAAUAAAAUGUGGACAGCUUAAUUACAAAAGGCAGUGUGGA